AUGCCUAGCUCCCGCUCGGCGGAGCUCAACGUGGGCGGAGUCAAACGUUUGACUCCGCCCACGUUGAGCCCCGCCCCGAUCUGCGGACUGCACAUCAGCCCCUCCCCCUGCCCUCCUAACCUGACUGACCUGGGCUUGCUCUCCCCCCUCUCCCCCUCUCCCCCCUCUUCCCCCCUGGCUCUCCUGCAGGUCCUGGCCUCCCUGACGCCCUCCUCCGCCUCGCGCAGUAACGCCCCCCCUCCUGUGCCUCUCCCGCAGAGCUACGAACCCGACGAGCUGACGGAGGAGAUGGCCCACCUGGAGGGCCUCAUGAAAGACCUGAACGCAAUCACCACCGCGCCCUAG